GAGAAGAAUGCGCUUUUUAACUUAAUUUGCUAUUUACAAGGGCGUUACAGAUGUCCACGGUCCGGUCUCUCUGUCCCUGGGCGUUAUAAAUAGUAAAGGUUAAUCAGUUAGCUGAGAAAUUGGAUCAGGGGCGGGCAGUUAGAAUUUGAUCCAUAGACAGGUAACUCAAGCAAUCCCUAUUGUCACUGCAAUCAGACCUAUAUAAAUCCGCCUUGACAGACAGCAGUCACCACAUAGCCUUACCUCUCUGCUGGAUCACCGACCGGGCGAGAACAUCCCAUAAACAAGGAAUAAAAUGUCGAUGUCAUCUAUCCUUUCCGCUGAUGCCAUCGACAGUGCUAUCAAGGACUGCCAAGCACCAGACUCCUUCUGCCCCAAGAAGUUUUUCCUGAUGUGUGGCCUCACUAAGAAGAGCCCCCAGGAAGUGAAGAAGGUUUUUGGACUCCUGGACAAUGAUGACAGUGGUUUUGUUGAGGAGGAAGAGCUCAAGUUUUUCCUCCAGAGGUUUUCUCCUGGGGCUCGCGUUCUGACGGAUAAGGAGACCAAGGCUUUCCUGUGUGCUGCUGAUGACGAUAGUGAUGGCCGGAUUGGAGCAGAUGAGUUCCAGGCCAUGGUCUUGUCCUAAACAACUGCAAUCAAUCUCUCCAACUUGAUCUGCCCCCCCCACUGCUUCAAGGGCUCUCUUAGUUUUAGUCAAUCAUUUUCACUCUGAUUAGAUAAAACCUUUUUGAUUUGUUUUAUUUUGAAGACUCGCUCUGGUCCAUACACACACAUCAUCAUGUUUUUCUUUUUUUUUUUUCUUUUUGUGUGUUUUAGUCAGAUCUUAAAGCUGUAUUAUCCAAAUAAAUGCACAAUUUACCGAAUUACUGAGAAAAUAAAAUAAUAAAAUCCAA